UGAUUGCAUCCAACCUGACCAUACAAAACGAGCCACCGGGGCUGGGCUAGAUACUCUCUCCCUUUUGGUUUUUGCCUUUGUUUAUUCUGCCUGCCUCUUUAUAUAUAUCACCUUUUCAUCGUUCAUCCAAAGCCCUGUACCCCAAGAAAAAUUGGCCUUGCACACCGAAGUAGUACAAACAGCCAAACAAACAGGCAGGCACAAGAACUCUUGAUUGAUCCUGCUUCUUGUUGGAAGCAAAUUGAAGCUGUUUCAGAGACCAUGGGCGCCUUGGAUCACCUUUCUCAUCUGUGCAGUAUGACGGAGACCAAGGAAGCCCUCAAGCUCCGGAAGAAGCGGCCACUUCAGACGGUGAACAUCAAGAUAAAGAUGGACUGCGAGGGCUGCGAGCGGAGGGUGAAGAGCGCUGCCAAAUCCAUCCGAGGCGUGACGUCGGUGGCGGUGACCCCGAAGAUGAGCAAGCUGACGGUGACGGGGUACGUUGAGCCGCGGAAGGUGCUGGAGCGGGUGAAGAGCAGCACGGGGAAGUCGGCGGAGAUGUGGCCCUACGUGCCCUACUCGCUCGCCACGUACCCUUACGUCGGCGGCGCCUACGACAAGAAGGCCCCCGCGGGCUUCAUCCGCAGCGCGCCCCAGGCCAUGGCGGAUCCCUCCGCCCCAGAGGUCCAGUACAUGAACAUGUUCAACGACGAGAAUGUCAACGCCUGUGCCGUCAUGUGAUCUAAAUAUCUGAUGAUCUAUAUAUGCAUAUAUAUGCAUAUAUAUAUAUAUAUAUAUAUAUAUAUAUGCUUUUGUCAUGUUCAAUUGUCCCAAGAUAUAUACAUACGGAGCAUGAAUUGUGCUGUGUACUGCACGAUCUAGUAACAUAGUACUGCUUCGGAUUAAGAGUUUAUAAUUAGUUUAAUAAUAAUAAUAAUAAUAAUAA